AUGAUCAUGAACAAACCAAGAGAUAUAUAUAAUGAACUAUACAAACUACGAAGUGAUAAUCAACAUUCUUCAGAUGACAACAAUGAUGAAGAUGAUUCAGAAUCACAGAUUGAAAACAUUGAAGAUGAAUAUUAUUAUUCUAAUGAUGAAGUAGAAAAUCAAUUACGAAUAGAUUUAGAAAUAUCAGAAUUAAUGAAUAAUUCAACAACUUUAAAUCAAUUUAAUAAGAAAUAUAAUGAAUUAAAAGAUGAAAGUUUACGUAAAUUUUAUCAAAGAAAUCAAGAAAUUUUCAAUAAAUAUAGUCAAAUUGAUGAUAGUAAAGAAAGUGAUGAAAUUGAUAUAUUAACAGGUGAAAUAAUUACAAAUAAUGGACAUUUAGAUCGAAUAUCUGGUAAUGAUAAUGAUAAUAAUAAGAAUAUUUGGAGAGUUGAUUAUAAUAGAUAUUUAAAAGAAUCAGAACAAGAACUUGAUGAUGAAAAAUCAAUGAAGAAGAUAGUUAAGAAAUUGGAUUUAUUUAAUGGGAAAGGAAGAAAUAUGGAUGAUGGUGAUGAUGAUGAUGAGGUGAUGAAAUUUUCACCAACUAAAGGGAAAGUACCUAGUGGAUUGGAAACUGAAGAAUCACCUAUAAAGAAAAGAAAACUUAAUACAAUAAUUCAACAAUCAGUGUCAGACGAUGACGAAUCAGAAGAUGAUGAUGUUGAUGAUGAUACUGGAGAUUAUUAUUAUGAAUCAAUAAUUGUUAAUGAUAGAGAUAAGCCAUUCAAAUUACUGAAGAAGAAAUUAGAUUUAAAUCUACCUAAAUUAUCAUCAAAUAAUAAACCAAUAUUACUACCCAAUAAUUUACAAAAUGAUAUAUCAUCAUCAACUGAAUCAAUUGAAGAAAUGCAACAUCCAUUACAAAAUAACCAGAUUGAAUCAUCUUCAGAAACUGAAGAUUUCCCAUCUUUGGAAUCAUCACCUUAUCCAAUACACCAGAAGAAUUCAUUUGAUGAAGAAUAUCAAAUCAUUGAAGAUCCAUUGGCCUAUCUCCUAUAUCCCAAAGAAGAUGAACAAGAUACGUUAAAGAUAUAUCAAUGUGCAUUUAAAAAGUCAUGUAAAUAUUGUACUGGGAAUAAAAAACUAUAUGAAGAUCAUUUAUUACAUUCCCAUUCUUUUCAACUAUCUAAAUUAGGAUAUCCCAUAUCAAUUUCUACAACUACCACUUCAGAAGAAUCAAAUAUUGAUGGAAUUGAUUUUAUAAAUUUAUUUAAUGAUUUUCCUAAAAAAAUCAACUUACCCAAAGAAUCUAAAAUAUUUUCAUGUGAUAAUGAAAUUGGAAUAAAUGGUUCAAGAUGUCAAAAAUAUUAUUUGAAUGAAAAAUUAUUAAAUGAACAUAAAUUAAAACUUGAUGAUUGUUCAAUAAAGAAAUUGGUUUUAUUUUGUCCUAUUUUAGGUUGUGGUUAUAUGACUGAUUGUGGAUAUAAUGAUUGGAGAAAUCAUAUGAUUGAAUCAAAUCAUGCCUCACUACCCUCAUUUACAUUAACAAAUGUAAAGGAUAAAGACGAUGAUGAUAACGAGAGACUAAGAAGAAGAGGAAGGAUUGUGGAAAAUCGUACAAGACAUGUUAAUGUUGAUGUACCAAAAUUUACCAAUCUUGAAAAGAAAAUUGAUUUGAAAUUUAUUGAAUCAGGUAAUGAACCUACAAUUGAUGAAUUAUUCAAAUGA